GAGAACCAGCUGCCUUGCAAGUUAGUGCAUGGGUGCAUGGGUACUUGAAGAUGCUUUAGCUACAUAUUUACGUAAUUUAGCUUUAGUAGAUAGAUAUCAAUUGUAGUAAUUGAAAUAUGUACACAGCUUGAUACUGAUAUAUAUAGCCUGUAUGAAGGUUUUGUGAAUAUGGUCUUUGGUAUUUUUCAACGAAAGAAACUCACUUGGGAAAAAGAUUCCCAUGAUCCCGUAUUUUGUAGUUUGCAGAUUAGCUAGCUAGCUAGCUUAGCGCUGGCUAGCGAAGCAAACAGAAAGCAGGAAACAAAGUUUCAACUUUAACAAAAGAGGUGAGAUGACCUCUUCUGCCCUUGGCCAUUCGGCACCUCUCCUCCCAAACCUGGAGCCCGGGAUGGGGAAGUCUGCAGCCAUGCUGGGGUUGUCUGCUGGGUUGGGAGGAGCAGAGAUGGAGCUGCAAAAGAUGCUAAUCGAUGAGAGGAUGAAGUGUGAAAACCACAGGUCCAACUACCAGACACUUAAGGCUGAACACGCCAGCUUGCGGGAUGAGUUUGCCCGGGCGCAGGGUGAACUAAAGCGCCUGCUGAGCGACAGACAGGCUCAGCAGGAGAAACUGCAGCUGCUGCUGGCUGAGCUCCGAGGAGAACUGCUGGACAAAACCAGGGAGCUAGAGGAGCUUCGACUGCAGGUGAUGACCCCUCAGCGACUGGAGUUGCUCAGAGCUCAGGUGCAGCAGGAGAUGGAGGCUCCAGUCAGAGAGAGGUUCAACAAACUGGAGGAGGAGACAGAGAAAUACAGGUCUGAGUACAACAAGCUGCGGUAUGACUUCACCUUUCUCAAGUCCCAGUUUGACCACCAGAGGGAAGAACAUGCUCAUAAACUGGAGGAGACAAGGAUCCGCUAUGAAGCAGAGAUUGCUCAUCUGGAGAAGGACAGGGAAGAGCUGGUGGCUCAGUACCAGGGUUUAGACCCACUGCGUGAUGGGAAGCGAGUGGAGGCUCUGCUGAGGGAAAAAGCCCAGCUCCACCUGCGACUUAAGGGCCUGGAGGCAGAGGUGGCAGAGCUACGCGCCCAGAAAGAAAACUCGGGCCAACAGGCCGAGAACGUCCAGCGCAUCCAGAUCAGACAACUAACAGAGUCUCAGGCUGCUGUCAAGUCGCUGGAGGCGGAGCGUCAGUCGUUGCGUCUGCAGCUGGAGCGGAUGGAGAGCGAGCUUCAUCUGACCCACGAGCAGAACAGCCAGCUCACCGGACGGCUGCACAAAGCCGAGAGAGAGGUCAACUCCCUCACCUGCCAGAUUGAAAGCCUGAAGCAUUCACAUAAACUGGAGGUGGCCAGUGUCAAACUGGAGUGUGCCCGCUCUAAAGGGGAGUUGGAGAGGGAGAGAGACACACUGCAGGGGCAGAUUGACGGUCUGCAGGCAGACGUGGAAGUGUUGAAGGCCGCAGUGGCACGACACAAGGAAGUUCUGGUGGAGAAAGAGAGAGAGUUGGUCAGGAAGGUCCAGUCCGCCCGUGAGGAGGAGUUCCGCAAAACUGCAACACUGCACGAGGAAAAGUUGGAGGUGGAGAACCGUCUCGCUGCUCUGGAACAGCAGAGGGCCCUGCAGGAUGCUGCAGACCACGCCCAGAUGGAGGAAUGGGAGGAGCGCCUUCGUAGCACCCAACAAGGAGAGGAGUCAGCCCGCAAGGAACUACAAAACCUGAGAAGCAAACUUCAGCAGCAAAGCUCACAGCUGGAGGAGCUCGAGAGACAGAAAGCAGAGAUCGCUGAGCUGCAGAAGCAAAACCAUGAACUGGGUGUCCAGCUGGGGACGCUGUCUCACUCUGAAAGUGACCUGAUGGAGACAAACCAGCGACUGAGAGAAACGCUAGACAGACAGAGGGAGGAUCUGAGGACAGCCCGAGCCCAGGCUGAGAGGAGCCAACAUGAAGCAGAGCGACUGGUGGAGGACCGUCGGGUUGAGUGGUUGGAAGAGAAACACAAGCUGCAGGAGCGAGAAGCUGAGCUGCAGCAGAAAUACUCUCAGGUCAAAGAGAAACUGCAGAGGGCAGCAGUGGCCCAGAAGAAGAGAAAAACACUGACCGAGAACAAAGAGAAGAGACUGCAAGAUAAGAUCCAGCUGCAGGAGGCCAGGAUAGAAGAGCUGGAACUGGAAGCUGCAGCAGCCAAAAAAUGUUCAUCUUUCUCAGAGGAACAAGCCCAACUCAACAGGAGAUUGAAGGAGCUGCAGCGACGAAAUAAUGAGUUUCGGCGCCUCCUAUUGGGCGGCCAGAGCCCCUACAGUGCUGUCCCCCCCUUCCUAACUGCACCUCCUGCCUUUUUCCUUGGGUCUGCAGGACCCUUAGCCAGCAUACCAGAGGAGCAGCAUCAGAGGGAGUUGGCUUUGCUCCGUCGCAGGUUGGAGGAUUUGGAAAGUGCCCAGCAGCAGCAGUUGGAGGAACUAGGAUCUCUGGUGCAGAGGGGCCAGGACCCCACUCCCCUGCCUGAUCUCUAACCCCCACACUACUUCCUCUUGGACUUGCAUUUAAAAUAUAGAGUGAGAUCACAUCAAGGACAGUGGCAGUUUUUUU